UAAUGACAUCACUAUCCAUACUGUCAUCAGUAUUCGCUUGUAUCAACUACAUAUAGAAUUCAUACACAAAACGUAAUAGCAGAUAACAAUUUAUGAAGGUCGUUAAGUAUAGUUACAUAAUAAAACUAGAAAAUUAAAAGUCGAAGUGAGGAAACAAGAAAAACACAACAUACGGGAUUUCCCGUAUUAUUUAUUUAUUCUGCGAUCAUGACAUAAAGUUCGGUUGCAGUCUUUCUAUUUAUUUUCUAAAAACAACAGUACAAUAGCUCAAGUUCGAGGGCAAAUAAGUGGACACUUACGAUAAAUUCAUCAUCGUAAUGUUCGUAAUACAGGCGAUAAGAGCUAAUAAGUUAACUGUUAAUAAUUAUUAAUUAUUAUUAAAACGCGUAAGUCAAGUAAGAAAAAUGUCUGGUGAAAAAUAUCCUAAAAAUAUAACUGAUGUAAAAUCUAAAAUUGAUGACAAUGGAAUAUUGAUGUGUUUUAUUUGCUCAUCACAAUCACUUCCGGAAAAAUGGAAAUAUCAUAAGAAGAAAGAAGAGCAUUUAUUAACAUUGCCAUAUUUUACGGAAAACUUUAAAGAUUAUUCCAGUGAUCAAAUUAAAUGUAAAUUAUGCAAAGACUUUAUUCCUAAAAAUUUAUUUAAAAAACAUGCGGAUGAACAUCAGUUGAUGCCAUGGUACAGACCAGCUGAUGAGUUUGUUAUAUAUUUUAAAAAUUUUAUCCAUCCAAUGGGUAGAAAUUAUUACUGUUAUUUGUGCACUAAGAAACAUAAAAGUUGGUAUUUAUCAUUGACACAUGUCGGUGGUAAAAAACAUCAAAAACGUUUGAAAAUCUAUACCAGACAAAUAAAUAUCAAUGAAGCAACUCUGCUGCCAGAUCCUGAUCUUUGUAAAGAUUUGGUAAUCAAUACCAUUUAUCCGUUUGUAUUUUCACAACUGCGGUGUCUUUCAUGUGAUGAAAUCAUUAAUGGAUAUGAGACUUCUGCAGAGCAUAUUGCUGGUGAAGUUCAUCAGAAUAAAUUCGCUGAAAAAUUGAUAAACGAUAUGGCGAAAUUAUUAAUGGAAGAACAUUUGAGUUGGGAAAAUAGUUCAGACAUUAAUAGAUCAAAGGUAUUUACUAGUGUGAGAACUAAAACUAUCAAUGAUCAUAAUAAUGGAGAUAAUAAUGACUACGAUAUUACAUCAAGUAAUUCAACGAGGUCUUCAGAUUCGGGAAUAAAGAUUGUUUUGAAACGCUUUACAAAUUUCAUUGGUCACGGUAUCAAUAAUUUUUAUUGUUUUUUACGUAAUGCAGCAUUAAAUGAAACAGAUAACAAUCUAGUAUCUAAUGAUCAACUAGAAUUUAAUACUAACAGCCAGGUGUCUGAAAGUGAUCCAAUACUAAGUGAGGUUAAGAAUUCGGACAUAUGUAAAUUCUUUAAAAAUUAUAUUUUCCUUAAAAAUUUAAUCUCGGAAAAAAAUUACAAAAAAGAUUUUUACUGCUUUCUGUGUCAAAUACAAUUGUCAUUCGAAUUUUUUCCGUCAAAUAUAAUGGAACAUAUGGAGGAUCCAAAUCAUCAGAAUCUUAUGAAAGAAAAUAAAAAUAUCAAGAAUAUAGCCAAUGAUCUUUUGUGUACUCCAACUUUUGUUGAUUUACUCUGGAUGGAAAAUAUUUGUCAAAUCGACAAUUCUUUGCUGCAUUGUUUCACAUGUUCAUGUUCUUUUUCGUCAUAUGUUCAUGCUCAAGAACAUCUUGAUCUUGUACAUUCAAUUAUGUCGGAAAAGUCGUUGGAUCAAGCUGUUGAAUCUGUCGAUUCAUUUGAAACGGGUGAUAAUAAAAUGUCUUUAAAUGAGCCAGAGGACAAUGCAGUAUCCAUUGACCAAUCAGUCAUUAGUACUGGCACCCAAAUAUCAGAAACUAAUUCAACACUCAGUGAAGAGAGUCCUAAAAGCUCAUCAUCAGAACUAAACAAUCUACUAACUGAGCCGGAAAAUUCGAUGAAUCAAGUUGUUAAAUCAGUUCAUUCAUCUGAGACAAGUAGUAAAAGCUUACUGAAAAAGCCAGAUGAUUAUUCAGUAGUAUCUAAGAGUAAAAUGAUUUCAAUGAAUGAAACGGAAAGUGAAUUUUAUCAAUAUUUUGAUAAUUUUAUAUUUAAAGAUUUUAAAGAUUAUUUCUGUCAUCUAUGUAAAAAAAGUUUGCGGUCAAUAGCAGCAGUAACGAAACAUAUGAACGACGUAAACCAUCAAGAUGAAUUGACAAAUAAAAAAAAAAUAAUAGAAUUUAUUAAUACGGUUCCACGCAAACCUAAUGUUUAUGAGAAACUUGUACGAAAUAAUAUUUUUCCCUUCAACUUUAGAUUCAUGGAAUGCUUCACAUGCAAUACUAUUUUUUUUAGUUAUAAAUAUGCUGAACGACAUAUAAAUAGCCAACAACAUUUAACACAUCAUGGGCCUAUUUUCAUUGCACCAUCGAAAUUAGUAAGACAGAGACCUAAUUUAUGUCCACCAAAAGUAAUAUCCAAUUAUCCAUCAGCAGCUACGAGCAGUCAGUCAUCAACUUGUGAAUUAAUAUUAUGGGAUUCAACGAGGACUGAAGCUGAGUCUAAAUCAUUGAUUCCACUGCCGGCUAGAUCAAAAGAGAAAAAAGAAUUAUCGUCGAACGCGUUACCUCUCGAUCUUUAUCGAUACAAUGAUGCGAAAAAAUAUUUAGUACAUUGCGAUAUUUGUCGUGAACGUUUGGAUUCUCGGGUUAAGUUACAUAUUCAUUUAUCGAGUCAUUUUUGGCAAUUAUUUACAGAUGAUAAUAUCAGAGGUUUAAAAUCUCUUGUUAAUCUUGACGCUGGAAUUCUGAUAAAUUUCUCUGAUGGCACAUUCUGUGAUGGCCAAGUGAUUCCGGGUGUUAGAUCAAGAAGAAAAGAUUGUUCGAUAGUAAAAAAUGACUCAAAGGCAACGAAAAAUAGAAAUUUAAAAAAAAAAAAAAGAUGGCGUACAAAACUCGAAAUAAAAAAAAGCGCAAAAUUGGAUUAAA